GAAAAAAGCCGUUUUCAGGGUCUCCCGAUUUUGAAGAAAGAAUCGGUCUCAUUUUCCAGAAUGAUCCCGGACCUUUCGGUCAUCCGAGUGUUGCUGCUGGUGGCUCUCGGAGAAGCCAGGGUGCCGAACCACUUCCUCCAGACAGACGGGACGGAAAUACAGCUUUUCUCCGAGGCGGAAGAAACACUGACGGUGAGGUCCAGCUACAGAAGGAACCGGCCCAACGCGAGCUACCUCACGGUGCAUCUGGAAGACCCAGCACUGGUGCGCGCGGGAAACGUGGCCAAGAGCUCAUCCGACGUGACCGUCUUUACGGUGACGCUCGUGGCGGCGGGUGGAGAAGGAGAGACGGCUCUGACCGUUCGACUGUGGGAUCCCGAAGGUGGGCAAAACAAUUUAAUUGAAGAAAUUCCAGACAUCAAAAUCAAAGUUAUCCACGACAGAAAAGCGGAGCCUCUCCACGAGGCGCUCGGGCGCUUCGAUCGCUAUGUCCUGAUGUUAAUUUUACCCAUGGUUCUGUUCAACAAAUGCGCUUUCGGUUGCAAAAUUCAAUGGGAAACGCUGCGGAUGGUUUGGAAAGACCCCUCGCCGGUCAUCCUCGGGGCGGUCAUUCAGUUUCUUGUCAUGCCGUUCUGCGGGUUCCUCUUGACCAGGAUUUUGGCAUUACCCCAGGAGGUGUCUUUUGGUUUUCUAAUGACCUGUACCUGCCCGGGAGGGGGCGGGGGCUACCUGUACGCCCUGCUUUUGAAAGGGGAUACCACUCUGGCCAUUUUGAUGACCUGCACCUCAACACUGUUAGCACUAGCGAUGAUGCCUAUCAACUCCUUCGGGUAUAGCAGGCUGAUGGGGUUGACGGGUUCACUUCACAUCCCCGUUUAUAAAAUCACGGCAACGCUCCUUUUCAUAGUACUCCCUGUGUCGGCCGGAAUGAUCGUUAAGCGGAGCAAACCAGAAAUGGCAAGCUACCUGGAAAAACUCGUUAGACCGUUCAGCUUCAUUUUAAUGUCCGCGGGGAUCUAUCUGAGCUUCCGAGCGGGACUGGCGUUUCUCAGAGCGGCUAGUCUCCAGGUCCUUCUCCUGGGGACGCUCGUCCCUUCCCUUGGGCUGGGGAUCGGCUACUGCUCCGCUGAACUACUGACGCUGCCUCUUCCAGCCCGCAAGACGGUGGCUAUUGAGAGUGGAGUUCUCAACAGCUUCUUGGCGCUCGCCAUCAUUCAGCUCUCGUUUCCCCAGCCCAAAGCACACCUGGCUUCGGUGGCUCCCUUUACGGUAGCCAUGAUGACUGGCUGCGAAAUGGCGCUGAUUCUUCUCAUCUACAAGGUCAGGGGCAGAAAGGCUGCCGGAGCAAAUCAUACCCCACAAAAGUCUACAUUUCUCCAAUGUGCACUGACUCGCGGCACCAUGUGAGGAGAUAAACCCCAGUCAAGUCCCUGUUGUCUUUCAUCCGUGGAAGGUUUUCUCUUGGGGGUGCACAGUGGAGCCCAAAAGAACACCUGGAUUUCUCCCAGAUGGUGUGGCAAUCCCAAUUUUGCAUUUUCAAGGGGGAUAUUGCAGGCCCAGUCCCAGCCAUCCCAUUUCACCCACAAGGAGGGGGCUAUCAGGGAAGGGGUGGAUAAGGAAGAUAGGUCAUCCUGACGGCGGCGUCCCGUUCUCCAUCCCCAGGUGGCCGGACCGGGGGUCGGCCGCAUUUACCGAGCGCUCGGUACAGUGCCCCGUGCUCAGUAAGCACUCAAUAAAUACGAGACUGUGAGCCCGUUGUUGGGU